AUGAACCCUCAGGCAAAACUAAUUUUUACGAUCAGCCUAAUUCUAGGCACCACCAUCACAAUCUCAAGCAACCACUGAAUUAUGGCCUGAGCUGGCCUCGAAAUCAACACACUCGCCAUUCUCCCCAUAAUCUCAAAAUCUCAUCACCCUCGAUCUAUUGAAGCGGCUACCAAAUACUUCCUAACCCAAGCAGCCGCCUCAGCCCUAGUAUUAUUCUCAAGCAUAACUAACGCAUGACAUACUGGUCAAUGGGACAUUACACAGCUCUCCCACCCCACAUCAAGCCUGAUCCUGACCUCAGCAAUUGCCAUAAAACUAGGCCUAGUUCCAUUCCACUUCUGAUUCCCGGAAGUACUGCAAGGCUCCCCCCUCCUCACCGGUCUCCUAUUAUCCACCAUCAUAAAACUUCCCCCAAUAACCCUACUAUACAUAACCUCCCCAUCACUAAAUCCUACUCUCCUAACCUUCCUAGCCAUUCUCUCAGCAGCUAUCGGCGGAUGAAUGGGACUCAACCAAACACAAAUUCGAAAAAUCAUGGCUUUCUCCUCCAUCUCCCACCUAGGAUGGAUAGCAAUCAUUAUUGUAUACAACCCCAAACUCACCCUCCUCAACUUCUACUUAUAUACCAUAAUAACCGCAACUGUAUUCCUGACUUUAAACUCAAUCAAAGUGCACAAACUAUCCACCCUAAUAACCGCAUGAACCAAAAUCCCCUCACUAAAUGCAAUACUACUUCUUACCCUACUUUCCCUUGCAGGACUUCCUCCCCUAACAGGAUUCCUUCCCAAAUGACUCAUUAUUCAAGAACUAACUAAGCAAGAAAUAAUUCCUGCAGCCACGCUAAUAGCCCUCCUCUCACUAUUAAGCCUAUUCUUCUACCUCCGCCUUGCGUACUGCACAACAAUUACACUCCCACCUCAUACUACAAACCACAUAAAACAAUGACGAACCGGCAAACCAACCAACUUCCUAAUUGCCGUCUUAGCCACAAUAUCCAUCGUCCUCCUACCCAUUUCCCCCAUAAUCCUCACUAUCAUCUA